UUUCCUGCGGUACAACGUAUAGCAGGAAAAUGUUGUAUAUGCGGAUCCGUUUAAUGAUUACGUAAUGGGAGUGGCGAGACGCCACGAUUCCGCGAAGCGGGAUGGUUUGAAUAACUUAGGCAGGUGUAAGUUAUUGUUUUGAGAAGGAAAGGAAUGUUCAGAAAGGCAUAAUAAGAGAGGGAAAUGGGCGUGGUAGCCAUUCUAGCUUUGUCAGACACUAGAUACACGACACGACUACGGGGACCGAGCCAGGAGCGACAGCGACUAUACGAUGGAGCCGAUGGACAUUGCCGAGCUUGUCCGCGGCGAAGUGAGGGAUUCACAGAAUACAUUACUGGAUAAAUUAGAAACGCUUGUUUCAGAUAAGCUUAAUCAUUUCCAGAAGGACAUAAACGAUUCACAAAUGGCUAUGAGCGAAGUACAGCUAUCAAAGAUGGAGGAAAUAACCAACACGACGUACAAGUUUAAAAAGGAGGGAAACGAGGAGCAGUACAAGAGCAAUACCAAGGUUUAUCAGAAGUUGUCUGAAGCAGAAUCUUUGCUGAAGAAAGACGCAGAUUUGAGCAGAGCUUCUACGGCAGCACAGAACAAAAUCGCCGAAGGUAAAGACAUUUUAGAGCAUAGGCAGAAAAUCAUCAAGCUUGCUGAUCAAUCACCUUUCGGAUGGCUUACAGUUUCUGAAUAUGAAACCAAUAGCCUCGCUCGGGAUUCGGACGACGAGAAAAGAAUCUGGAAGGCGGAGGCCAGAGCAAAACGCAAGAUGAAUCAAGCGCCUCGAAGGAAGAUAGCUGCACGCAAUCAGAUACGUCCCUAUCCAACAGAUCGUCAACCAGCAUCUCAGCAGUCUUCAAGGCCAUGGUCAAAUCCUAGCUCCAAGACAGAGGGAUGGGAUUUCAAGAGGAAAACGGGAGCAUGCUUCGCCUGUGGUAAAUUCGGGCAUUGGAGGUUCGAAUGCAGGGAGCUGGCAUCAAGCAGAGAAGCAAGAAAUGAAAAGAUACAGCACUAGGUGUAAGGACCGCCGUUAAGGAAGAGAUGAAGCGAGCUCAAGUUACGUCAUCAAAGUUCAUCCAGCUGGCAGAACAGAUGUCAUCGUAUAUCAUUAAAUCGAGAAGCGAAAACACGAACAAGAAGUAUUUCGCAGCAUUUAACCGAUGGGAUCUAUUCAUCAGUGCAGAAGGAGGGAAUUCUCUUCCAGCUGAAUCUAUUCACGUCGCCCUAUAUGUGACUCAUCUUAUUGACAAAGGACAUUCAUCGAGUGUCAUAGAAGGUGCUGUAUACGCCAUUAAGUGGGCUCAUAGUCUUAGAGGGUUCAGGGAUCCCACAGACAAUUGUUUUGUAAAGAAUUUGUUGGAAUCUGCCAAACGGCAAUGCAAGAAAAAAGUAAACAAGAAAGAUCCAGUUACUUCAGAUCAAGUUAAAGAGCUAUGUAAGAAGCAUGUUCAUACAGAGGACGCAAUUUUGCUCAGAGACUUAACAUUAUUAAUUUUGUGUUUCACGGGGUUUCUUAGAUAUGAUGAAGCAAGAUCUUUGAAGUGUAAUGAUGUGUCAAUUUAUGAUGAUUAUAUUUCUCUUAAUAUUGCUAAGAGUAAGACAGAUCAGUAUAGACAAGGUAAUAGUGUAGUCAUUAGUGCCGGUGUGACAGAAGCUUGUCCGGUCAAAAUGGUAAAGAAGUAUAUCAAUGUGGCUCGGAUUUCUUUAGAUUCCAAUCAUUUUUUCUUUAAACCGGCAUACAGGUCUAAAGGAGUUAGUGCGCUUAUAAGGAAAGACAAACCUUUAAGUUACACGACAGCUAGAGAGAGGGUAAUUUCUUUGUUGAAAGAAGUAUGUGGGGAUGCAAAUCUCGGAUUGCAUUCACUGAGGGCAGGUGGAGCCACUAUGGUUGCUAAUACAUCAACUAAAGACAGAUUGUGGAAAAUACAUGGUCGUUGGAAGACAGAUAAAGCGAAGGAUGGAUAUGUUGUAGAUACAUUAGAUAAUAAACUUGAGGUGACAAAAUCCUUAAUGCUUUAGGCAUAUUAUGAAUGUUUUCCAUCAUAGGAAACGUGUUUAUUUUGGAUGUGGAGUAUGAAUUGUCUUGGAAAAACAGUCCGACAAUAUGUUUUUUUUUUUUAUUAAAGAAGAGUAAUGAAAAAAAGGAAAGAGUAAUCGUUAUAUGAAUUCAUGUAAUACAUUUUUUCUGCAAAUAACGGUUAAGUGAUUAUGUUUUGUUAAAUAAUCAGAAAGGGAUAUUCGACAAAAAGGAUAUUCAAGAAAGAUGAUCAUUUAAAUCUUGAGACGGAUUAAAUUGGAAUAGAUUGUUAAAUAUUUUUUUGUUAAAUUGUUCAGUGUGCUACAAGGAAAUGCACCCGUUCUUUUUUACAUCUAGGUCGGUCUGGCAGGCUUUUCCAUAAAGAUUGUUAUUGAUGUAAUCUGUGAGUCAUUAACUGAGUAAUGAAGGAUGAGAAUAUACUUGUAUUUUCCUGCGGUACAACGUAUAGCAGGAAAAUGUUGUAUAUGCGGAUCCGUUUAAUGAUUACGUAAUGGGAGUGGCGAGACGCCAUGAUUCCGCGAAGCGGGAUGGUUUGAAUAACUUAGGCAGGUGUAAGUUAUUGUUUUGAGAAGGAAAGGAAUGUUCAGAAAGGCAUAAUAAGAGAGGGAAAUGGGCGUGGUAGCCAUUCUAGCUUUGUCAGACACUAGAUACACGACACAAAUUUCAAGUGGAAAUUUUAAUACAGAACAAUAGUUUGGUGUUUGUUUUUGUAGGAGGUUUAGAGAUUCAAAUAGAUUAUUUUUAUUGGGACGAUUUGCCAUUAGGUUUUUCCAGAGCAUUUGCCUUAUUUAGUUUAUCUCUGGUUUUUUCAACCUAGGGAAUCGGUCCGGGCGUGGGGGAAAAAGGCAAAGCCCCAUGCAGGUUAGGGAUCAAAAUUAAUAUUUUAUUCUAUACAAUGUCAGUAUAUAUUGAGGUAUGAACGUUGACGAUUGAGAUUGAAAUUAUGCAAUGUUAACAAUAUUUACACUUGAUAUUUUCAGAAUCAAGAAUGAGUUUAAAAAAUUGAAAUUAUUUUGAUGUUCAAAAUGAUAUAAUAACAAAGAUUGUUCAUGAUUGUUCAAAAAGAUACAAUUCGAAUAAAAGCUGGCUUGGUCGGUCUGGCAGGCUUUUCCAUAAA